AUGAUUAUCCCCGUGCGAUGUUUCACCUGCGGAAAGGUCAUUGGAAACAAAUGGGAUAGCUAUUUGGACCUUCUGCAGGCAGAUUACAGCGAAGGAGAUGCACUAGAUGCUUUGGGACUGGUUCGAUAUUGUUGUAGGCGCAUGCUAAUGACCCAUGUUGAUCUCAUUGAGAAGUUAUUGAAUUACAACUCUCUGGACAAGUCUGAUCCCAGUUAA